AUGAGCAUUCAAAGCCCCUUGUCUCUGUAUAAGCUGGCCAAGCAGAGCCUGCUGAAGCAUAAGAUCACAGCCAGCACAGCUUUGCAUGACCUGCCCAACAUGAUCUUCUAUGACUUAUUCAAGGAUGCCUUCAUGGGGGGACACAAUGAAGUCCUGAAGGUGAUGGUUCAGGCCUGGCCAUUCCCCUACCUCCCUUUGAGGACCCUGAUGGACUUGAGGAUAGCCAAUAUCCGACACACUGAGUUUGGAGAAAUCAUGCCACAAAAGAGAAACCUACAGACCUUACAAGCCAUACUGGAUGGACUUGAUAUCCAGCUAUCCCAGAAGGUUCAGCACAGUAGGUGGAAACUGCAAGAGCUGGACUGGAGGGAUGUACACCAGGACUUCUGGACUAUAGGACCCAGAGCCAUGAGUGUUGCUCAUUCCAGAGAUGUUCUGCUAGACAAACUGGCCAACACCCUGGAGACUCUGGUACUAGAGCACUGUGACAUCAUAGACUCCCAGAUCCUGGCCCUCUUGCCUGCCCUCGGCUGCUGCUCCCAGCUCAAGACUUUCAGUUGCUAUGGGAACCCCUUAUCCCUGGGCAUCCUUCAGGUCUUGCUGCACCAAACUGCUGGACUAAGCCAGUUAACUGAGGGUCUGUAUCCUGCCCCUCUGGAGAGCUAUAACUCCAAUAUUCCAACACAGUUUGUUCACCAUGAGAAAUUUACCCAGCCCGGGACCCCGAAGGAAUUGGAAAGUCACAAAGGAGUGUCGCGAUCAAAGUAG